AUGGAGGCCUGGGAUAGGUUGCGAGACAUAUUCCAGGACAACCAACAUUCCCGUGCCCUUUCUCUUGAACAAGAAUUCUCCACCACUUCAAUGGAGAAUUCUCCCAAUGCAUCCUCUUACUGUCAGCAUCUUAAGUCUCUCGCUGAUGAGUUGAAGAAUGUCAGAGCAUUAGUUUCUGAUAGCCGGAUGGUGUUACACUUGACUGGUGGCCUUACCCGAGCCUACCGUGGUGCAGGCACGCUUAUUCAUCAAAGCAAUAUGCUUCCUCCCUUUUACAAGGCUCGCUCCACGCAUGUUCUUAAGGAAAUUGGAAUUGAAAAGGAGGCGGCAACCGAAUCUUCCAUGGUCGCAGCCUCGUCAGAUGACUCCUCCGGUCAUUUGACAAACAUUGGUCAGAUGAAGAGCAAAUAUUCCAGUUCAUUGAACAACAAGCGCAACUUGCUGGGCGAGGCUCCGGUGCUGGUCAAGCUUUGA